AAUUUUCUGACAAAACGUCAGUCAAAUACAAUGUAAUAAUUUUUCUAAACGCGAAAUAAAUAGAGACCAUUGAAGGAGUAAAGUAAAUAGAAUUUAAAAUUUUCAAAAUACCGUCUGCGUGCGUCGUUAAUUUACUAAACUAAACUGUCGGAAAAUUAAUUAGAAAAGCCACAAUUCCUUUUUUACAAACCUGAAACCGGGUGAAGAUUUGUAAAGCAUGGCUUACAAAUUAUCUGAAGGAUCUCUUGAGAUCAUAAUGAAUGGUGGCCUGUAUGAUAAACCUGUAAUGCAAGUUCUGGGAAGUAAGAAAAUACAAGGCAGUGGAUCUAAUGACAGAUUCAGGCUACUUGUGUCUGACGGGAAGCAUUCCCAUAGUUUUGCAAUGCUGGCGACACAACUGAAUGAGUUAUUGAUCAGUGGAGAACUGUCUGACUAUUCAGUGGUACAGAUUAACAAGUUUGUCACUUCAGUUUUGAAGAACACUGGUAAAGGAGAAAAGCGUGUAAUGAUAGUCCUGGAUGUGUCUAUCAUAGCACCAGGCACAGAAGUUGGCAAGAAGCUUGGCAACCCUCAAAAUUGGUCUGAAGAUUCUGUCACCACAUCAGCACCAGCCCCAACUCCAAUGAGACCAACACCACAGGCUGCACCAUCACUUGGCAAUUCUCUUGGCAACUCAUUUGGCAAUUCCUUGGCCAAACCUGCUGCGGGGCCAAACUUGGACUCCAGCAUGCUUGGAUCACAAAUGACACAUCCCAUUGCCAGCCUGAGCCCAUAUCAAAAUAAAUGGGUCAUUAAAGCUCGCGUAAUGAACAAGUCAGAUAUAAGAACAUGGAGCAAUGCGAGAGGUGAAGGCAAACUGUUUAGUAUGGACCUCUGUGACGAGAGCGGGGAAAUCAGGGCCACAGCAUUCAAAAAUGAAUGUGACAAGUUCUAUGACAUGAUACAGGUAGACAAAGUUUACUACAUCAGUCGCUGCCAACUGAAGACUGCAAACAAGCAGUUCACGACACUGAAGAAUGAUUACGAAAUGUCAUUCACGCCCGACACCGUGGUAGCGGAGUGCAUGGAGGACGCCUCAGCGCUCCCCACUGUCAAAUACGACUUUGUGCCGAUCAGCGACAUUGCCAACAAAAACUCUGACUCCAUACUUGAUGUGAUCGGAGUAUGUAAAUUCGCAUCCGACGUGCAAGAGCUGACCGCAAAGACCACAGGCAAGUUGCUCAAGAAGAGAGAAGCCACACUGGUUGAUCAGUCAGGCGGAGCAAUUACUCUCACGCUAUGGGGGAAUGAAGCAGAAAAGUUUGAUGCCAGUUCCAACCCAAUUGUUUCUGCAAAGGGUGCUCGCGUGGCGGAGUUCAACGGCAGCAAGUCUUUGUCAUGCCUCGCGUCCACCAUGCUGCGCUGCAACCCCAACGUGCCCGAGGCGCACCGGCUGCGCGGCUGGUACGACAACGGCGGCGCCGGCAUGGACACCGUCAACAUCUCCGCCAGGUCGGGCGGCCAGUCGGGCGGCAGCGGCGAGUGGCUGACGUUCAGCGAGGUGGAGGCGCGGCGGCUGGGCGCGGGCGAGAAGGGCGACUACUUCACGCUGGUGGGCGUGCUCACGUUCAUGUUCGCCGACAACGCCGUGUACAAGGCGUGCCCGCAGGACCAGUGCAACAAGAAGCUGGUCGACCAGGAGAACGGCCUCUACAGGUGCGAGAAGUGCAACCGGGAGUACCCCAACUACAAGUACAGGCUGUUGCUCGGGGCGAACGUGUCGGACCCGACGGGCGACCAGCGCAUCACGGCGUUCAACGAGGCGGCGGAAGCGAUCCUGGGCCAGCCGGCGGCGGACGUCGGCCGCAUGUCGGAGUACGACAAGAGUGCGUACACGCAGCUGUUCGAGGAGGUCAAGUUCAGGACCUACGUGUUCAACUUCCGGACUAAAAUGGAGACUUACAGCGAUGAAGCCAAACUGAAGACCACAGUGAUGAGCGCCAAGCCAGUGGACUACAGGGACGCGAACGCCAAACUCGUCAAAAGCAUCACUGCACUGAGCGGGAUCCAAGUGUAGUUCAAACACUGAGCUAUAGUUUGUCGGUCACUAACUGAGGGUAGAAGCAAAAUAGGCCAGGACCACAGAUAAGACAAUUCGAAAUUUUGCUACCAUUAACUCAGACCAAUUAUUGUAUAGAACCUGCCUCGCUAGAUGUUACUUUUCUGUCAAAGUAUAUGAUCAACGAUCUAAAACGAUUAUAAAAACUGUCUCUAUAUAACCGGUGUUAAAUAGUUGUACUCGUGUUCAUCGGUUAAAGAGCUCCGUAAAAUACCUUUUUGUGUAAUUGAAUGGUGUAAAAAUUGGACAAAACCUUCUAGUUUAGUACAAGAUAUAUACCAAAUCUAAGCUCGUUUUUCUUUAAAGUCUAAAAGACUUUAAAGACUAAAAGUCUAAAAGACUUUAAAGACAAUUUUUGAAAAACGAAAGCGAAAAAAGUAUAACUGUUUAUUCGUUCUAUCGUCUAAUCUACCAAAUCUAAUCGAUUUCAAUGACGCUGUAGUAACUGCAAAUUUAGCAUCUCCGGCUCCUCUACUAUUAUUCACAUGUCUUGUUCUAGUAAUUUGACAUAAAGUAAAUAAAUUACAAAACUUACAUUUAGACUAUUCUACAACCUGAAUCAGAAAGUGCUGAAACUUUCCUUUAGUAAUACUUCUCAUAAUAUAUACCUCAUCAAUAAAUCAAUACACUGAAAUAAACUUGAACUGUCUGCCUGUCUGUCACAUUUUUUUUUCUAACGUGGUUAUAGUUAUUUAUAUGUUACUAAAAUAAAGUCUUUUGAGUUUUUGUCUGCGUCUGAACAGAUUUUAAUGGGAUUUUCGCGAGUAUUUAGACAAGGUUGUUGAGCAAAAUAUAGACUACUUUUUAUUCCAAAAUUCCUCUGGGAUCGAUGGAUGAUCGAGGACGGCAAAAUCCGCGUCAAAUCUAUCCUGAACGAUACUCAUAUCCUCCUGGAGGAUAGAUAGGAAUAAUCUAAACAUGAAACUGCUGAAGCUAUUUUAUUAUGAGUAUCGAAGUAUAACAAUAAUCCACAGUCCAUCCGUCCGUCAGUCCUCGCAUAUACCUACCAACAAGUACCAACAACAUACAACAAUAAUUAAAUAAUUAAAAAAACACAAAACAAAUAUUCCUUUAUUAUAUUCGGUUUUAUAAUUUAAUGCGCAGAGAUCUGACGAAUUUGGAACAGUUUCUUGAAAAGAAUUUGUCUAGUAUUUAAAUACAAAAUACCUGAAAAAUAAUGUGUAAUUUAUUUUUUGAAGUGUUACUUUGCUUAAAUACUUUUAAACGAACUUUUUUUUAUAUCUCUGGUUGUUGAUAAACUUUAUAAGAAUUAUGAUAUAAUUUUAUUGGCAAGGCGAACAAAAAUUUAUUGUGUUCACAUUAUGGUUUUUAUUUUUCCUUCAUAUUAAAAAUAACUAAAUUUUUCCGUAAAUCGUGCCAAUGUUUAGUAAAUAUUUUGAGUACAUCUAAAAAAUUGUAAUGUUAUUUAAGUUAAUAGUUAUAAGCCAAAAUUGUGAUGUAUUUUUCCAAAAAAAAAUUGUAUCAAGGACUGCACAAUGUAGUUUUUGUUUUAAUAAAAAUAUCUUUUAACACUCA